AUAAGUGGUGGAUAGCACCAUGUCGAACUCUUCACAUGCCGUUAAUAAGCAGCAUACAAUCCCGGAGCGUGAACCUUUUUCACGCAAUACUAUUGCCUCCAAAACAAACACAUGAUCUCAAUUACUCUCCAAAAAUCACCGACAAAGCUUCCACCAAACAUAGGAUGCAAUCCUUUGAAAAGGCCAUGAACCUUGCCGGAAAGCUCCCUGUAGGAAGCUUUGUAGUUGGCGGGCUUUUUCUGACAUGGUUCCUCAAUCGAUGGCUCAACGACAGAGCUCUCAACAACGGCAACGCGCCCUCGUCAUAUGAUUGGGCAAGAGAGGUGAUUGUUGUCACGGGAGGCUCCAAUGGCAUUGGCGCAGAGACUGUCAAAAAGCUGGCAGGUCGGGGGAGCCAAAUAGUUGUCUUGGAUGUGUUGCCGCUCAGCUAUUCAAAUGUUCCAAACGUGCAUUAUUAUGAAUGCGAUUUGACAAAAUUCGACGAGUUGCAAGAAAUUGGAAAAAGGAUUUCAAAAGAAAUCGGAGAUCCAACAGUCGUUAUAGCCAACGCGGGCAUAUGCCGAGGAAAACCAAUCUUGUCUGCCUCAAAGCGCGAUAUUGAACUCACCUUUGGCGUUAACAACCUCGCCUUGCUCUGGACUGCCAAGACCUUUCUCCCCAGCAUGGUGGCCAAAAACCACGGACAUUUCCUCAUCGUCGCCUCACAGACAGGCUAUAUCGCAACCCCAGGCCUCACCGAUUAUUCGGCGACCAAGGCCGCCGCGAUCGCCAUUUACGAAGGCCUGCACGCCGAGGUCGGCCUGAUGUACGGUGCCCCCUCUGUUCGUGUGUCGUGCGUGUCGCCCACCCUGGUCGAGACCAAGAUGUUCCGGGGCAUGGACUCGAGCGUCGCCCCUGGUGGCGCGCUCCGGCCUGAGGAAGUGGGCGCCUGCAUCGCCGACAUCGUCCACGGCGGCCGCGCUCAGCACGCCUGUGUGCCUUACUGGGCCGUCAGUCCGGUUAGUUACAUCCGCACGUGGCCUGAUUGGAUGCGUGUGUGGAGUUUGGCGUCGGCGGUUGGUAUAUAUGAUAAUCUCCGGCCGCAUGAUCCGAUGGCGUCACUGUAG